AUGGAAGAGGCUGUCGUGUAUGCUGACCUGCGCUUGCCACCCACACCAGCUUCUCGGCAGCCGGUGCAGCUGCCCUGGUGCUGGGCAGCCCUCAGCCUUGCUCUCCUCUCACUGCUGUUCCUGGUGGCACAAAUCAUCCUCCUUGGACUGAUCUUCCAUUGUGAGUACCUGCUUGGACAACAGGUGAGCUGUCCCCAUGGUUCCUGGAGCAUGGAGGAAAAACCCAGCUAUGGGCAGCAGACACUGCAAGGACGAUGCCAGUUCUGCCCAUCUGGCUGUCUCUGGGAUGCAGGGCAGUGCUUCUGUUCUGCCAAAAAGAGCUGGGAGCAGAGCAGAGAGGACUGCUGCUCCAGAGGAGCACAGCUGGUCACCAUCCGAGCCAAUGCCACCCUGGCUUUCCUGGUGCGUACCACAGAUAUGGAGGUCUUCCAUGUGGGGCUGAAGUGGGAUGGCUCCAGGUCUGAUUGGAAGCGGCUGAAUGGCACUGCACUAAAGAGGCUUUUCCCAGUGCAGUGCUCCACCAGCUCCUUCUUGGCCUGUGGCAGGGUGUCAGGUUCAGGACUGUCAAGUGGUCUGUGCAGGGAAGCCCUUGGGUGGGUUUGUGAGCGGAGAGCAACCACCCUGCAGUGGCUCCCAUCCUCGCCACCUGCCCUCCGCUGGGGAAACACCACCUACAUCUGUGUGGGACCUUGA